AUGUCCGAGAGCAAGUGCCCGGUUCAAGCUCAGCUCAACGUUGCUGGUGGCGGUACCAGAAACCGCGACUGGUGGCCCGAGACUGUCAAGCUCAACAUCCUCCGCCAGCAUACCAAUGUCACCAACCCUCUAGGUGAGGAAUUCGACUAUGCUGCUGCUUUCAAGACCCUCGAUUUCGAGGGACUCAAGAAGGACCUCAAGGCUCUCAUGACCGACUCCCAGGACUGGUGGCCUGCCGACUUUGGUCACUACGGAGGUCUCUUUGUCAGAAUGGCUUGGCACCAUGCGGGCACGUACCGAGUCUUUGACGGCCGUGGUGGCGGCGGUCAGGCCCAGCAGAGAUUUGCUCCCCUCAACAGCUGGCCCGACAAUGCCAGUCUAGACAAGGCUAGACGUUUGCUCUGGCCCAUCAAGCAAAAGUAUGGCAACAAGAUCUCGUGGGCUGAUCUGUUGACUCUGACUGGCAAUGUCGCGCUCGAGUCCAUGGGCUUCAAGACCUUUGGCUUCGCUGGUGGCCGUGUCGACGCCUGGGAGGCUGAUGAGUCCGUCUACUGGGGUGGCGAGCAAACUUGGUUGGGCAACGACGUGCGUUACAAAGGCGACAAGAACUUCCAGAAACGUGAGCUCGAAUCCCCGCUGGCCGCCUCUCACAUGGGCCUGAUAUACGUCAACCCUGAGGGUCCUGAUGGCAACCCUGACCCGGUUGCUGCUGCACAUGACAUCCGCACUACCUUUGGCCUCAUGGCCAUGAACGACGAGGAGACUGUCGCCUUGAUUGCUGGCGGUCACACUUUCGGCAAGACCCACGGUGCCGGUCCCGCAACCAACGUCGGCAAGGAACCUGAGGGUGCCAACAUUGAGCAGCAGGGCUUGGGAUGGAACAGUACCUAUGGCACUGGCAAGGGCCCAGACACCAUUACCAGUGGUCUGGAAGUCACUUGGACAAAGACUCCCGUCCAGUGGAGUCACCAGUACUUUGAAUAUCUCUUCAAGUACGACUGGGAGCUAACCAAGUCUCCUGCUGGCGCUAAUCAGUGGGUCGCCAAGACGGACGACCUCAUUAUUCCCGAUGCCUACGAUGCCAACAAGUUUCACAAGCCCAAGAUGUUGACCACCGAUCUGUCCCUCCGUUUUGACCCUGCAUACGAGAAGAUCUCUCGCGACUUCCUUGCCAACCCCGACAAGUUCGCCGAUGCUUUUGCUCGUGCCUGGUUCAAGCUCACGCACCGUGACAUGGGGCCCAAGGCUCGUUACCUAGGGCCGGAGAUCCCCAAGGAGGAUCUCCUCUGGCAAGACCCCAUACCAUCUGUCAGCCACGCUUUGAUUGAUGACAAGGACAUUUCCGCUAUCAAGAAGGAGAUUCUCAACCUGGGCAUUCCCGUGCCUCAGCUCGUUUCCACAGCAUGGGCCUCUGCGUCUACGUUUCGUGGCAGCGAUAAGCGCGGCGGUGCCAAUGGUGCCCGCGUUCGGCUGGCUCCUCAGAAGGAUUGGGAGGUCAACAACCCCGCCCAGCUGUCCAAAGUUCUUGGUGCUCUUGAGGAUCUUCAGAAGCGCUUCAAUCAGUCCGGCAAGACCGUCUCCAUUGCUGACUUGAUUGUCCUGGCUGGUGUGGCUGGUGUUGAGAAAGCUGCUCGGGAUGCCGGAGUCGACAUCAAGGUUCCCUUCACCCCCGGCCGCGGUGACGCAACCCAGGAGCAGACUGACAUCGAGUCUGUCAACUACCUGCAGCCCUUGGCUGAUGGGUUCCGUAAUCACGGCAAGUCUCACGGCGCCGUCAAGCAGGAGCACCUUUUGGUCGACCGCGCCAACCUGCUUACCCUCACCGCGCCCGAGCUUACCGUCCUCAUCGGAGGUUUGCGCGUCCUGGACACGAAUUACGACGGCUCCGCCCAUGGUGUCUUCACCUCGCGACCCGGGGUCUUGACCAACGAUUUCUUCGUCAACCUGUUGGACCCUACUACCGAGUGGAGACAGACCGGUGAGGAUGUGUUUGGGGGUUUCGACCGCAAGGUUGGUGCCAAGAAGUGGAGCGCUACUCGCAACGACCUCAUCUUUGGCUCUCACCCUGAGCUGCGUGCUGUUGCGGAGGUGUACGGAAGCUGCGACGGUUCUCAGCGAUUUGUCAAGGACUUUGUUGCUGCUUGGGACAAGGUGAUGAACUUGGAUCGUUUUGACCUCCAGAAAGGCGAGAGGAAGAGGGCGUCCAGCCGUCUGUAA